AUGUAUUAUUACUCGCCUGCUGGAUCCAGUCUAGACUUGGGUUAUACAACUUCUGUCAGUCCUACAUAUCAUCAUAGUCUGGUGUUCGACGGAACGACGGGAUUAGCUAAGAACUGGACGAGUGGAGAACCAAAACAUCCCAUUGAAGUGUUGAUGGAACGAGGACAAAAGAAGUGGGAGAGAAUGUUAAGAAGACAGAGCAAGAGUCUAUCCGAAGCAGUUCAAACGUACCGAAAUCGAUACCACCGUGAUCCACCAAAAGGCUUCGAAAUAUGGUACCAAUGGGCGAGGGAUCACAAUGUGACAUUCAUCGAUGAUUACGAUCAAGUGUUCAGAGAUACUCAUCUGUUCUAUGCUUUAUCCCCCACAGAGUUUAGGAAAAGGAGAGACGAAUCCGUCGCGGAGAGCUAUCCAAGCAAUCUUCACCUAGGUCCAAAUACCCCUGUCAAAGUAGAUGGCGGGAAUCCAAACUUUCGAGGACAUGCCCUCGGAGAGCUAUUGCAGGAUCUCAGACAUCUCUUACCGGAUGAAGUCGUCCUCGCCGGCUCGACUCACGAUCUAGGGUCCACGAUGAUGGGAGAUGAUCAGCGCCAAUAUCUUGAAACGAAGAUCGCAGCGGGAGAAUAUGUCGAUCCCCAUGAUGAGGCAUUCAAGAGGCUGGAAUGGAAUUUGAGGCACGGUGAUCGAGGGCAAACAGGACAAGCUAGUUCCUGUCCUGAGGAUAGUCCUGCUUGGAUAGAGGAUGCAAAAAGAUACGAAAGAGAAGGAGGACCGAUCAAGGGCCCAGCGCCGCCUUCCUUCAUCUUUGACCAGAGAAUGAGCGAUGACUUUUGUUACAACCCGGAUCUCCUCAAGUUCCACGGCGGACUCUCUUACCAUUACCCCAAAGGACCCAAAAUGCGACCAAUGUUUCAUCAAUCGAAAUACCUCUCGGCUCCCGAGUUCCUGUUGACACCACUGGACUUUUACAAGGAUCCUGCGGAUCCUCGGAACAGACAUCUAUCACUUUCUUGGGACGAAAAGACCGAAAAUCGAUUACAGUGGCGAGGUAUGACGACUGGAGACUUUUAUUCCGUUCGUAAUGGUUACGAUUGGCACAAUUCUCAUCGGAUACGAUUACAUCGCUUGACUCAUGACAAGGACGGCGAUAUCGGUAUUUACGUCAAGGGAAGACGGACGAAUACUUGGGAAUGGCAGACUUGGCAGAAGGAAAUGAUCAACAAGGCGUACAUGGAUAUUGGUUUGGUAGAUGGCGCUCAUCAGUGUGACAAAAAGGAUGGGAGUUGUGAUGCGAUCAAUCAUGAGAUUGACUGGAUGCCCAGGAUGGAUCCAGAACAGGCAGUCAAAUACAAAUGUGAGAUAGAUCUGUUCGAUGGAAAUGGAUGGUCAUCUAGAUUCCAGCGUCUCUUACUCUCUGGUUCUGUCGUUCUCAAAAGCACAAUUUAUGCCGAGUGGUUCUCAGAUUGGCUAGUCCCAUGGUACCACUAUGUCCCUGUCCAAGUUUCAUAUUCGGAGCUGUAUGUGAUUUUGUCGUUCUUCAUCGGUGCGCCCAGAACACCAUCGACAGGUCACGAUCACCUAGCAGAAAAGAUAGGAAAUCAUGGACGGGAAUUUGCCCAGAAUUUCUGGCGACGCGAAGAUAUGCAGAGUUACAUGUUCCGCUUACUCCUAGAAUACAUACGUCUGGGCCAGGAUGACAGGGAGAGUUGGUCAUACACUGCUUGA